AUGAACAUCAACGCCCCUGCGUUCGUUCCACAAAACAUGUCAUCCAGGGCAAAUUCUUCAUCUCCUCUUGUCUCGAGAGCUCAGAUCUUGCACCAGCCUGACCUUAGAAGAUCUAAUUCGAAAAAUCAGAGUUAUCACGCCCAGGGAGAUCAACAUG